AUGUCUCAGGCUGUGCAGACAAAUGGAACUCAACCAUUAAGCAAAACAUGGGAACUCAGUUUAUAUGAACUACAACGAACACCUCAGGAGGCAAUAACAGAUGGCUUAGAAAUUGUGGUUUCACCUCGAAGUCUACACAGUGAAUUAAUGUGCCCAAUUUGUUUGGAUAUGUUGAAGAACACCAUGACUACAAAAGAGUGCUUACAUCGUUUUUGUGCAGACUGCAUUAUCACAGCCCUCAGAAGUGGCAAUAAAGAAUGCCCUACCUGUCGGAAAAAGCUAGUUUCCAAAAGAUCACUAAGACCAGACCCAAACUUUGAUGCACUCAUCAGCAAAAUUUAUCCAAGUCGUGAUGAGUAUGAAGCUCAUCAAGAAAGAGUAUUAGCCAGGAUCAACAAGCACAAUAAUCAGCAAGCACUCAGUCACAGCAUUGAGGAAGGACUGAAGAUACAGGCUAUGAACAGAUUACAGCGAGGGAAGAAACAACAGAUUGAAAAUGGUAGUGGAGCAGAAGACAAUGGAGACAGUUCUCACUGUAGUAACGCAUCCACGCACAGCAAUCAGGAAGCAGGACCUAGUAACAAACGGACCAAAACAUCUGAUGAUUCUGGGCUUGAGCUUGAUAAUAAUAAUGCAACAGUGGCAAUUGACCCAGUAAUGGAUGGCGCUAGUGAAAUUGAAUUAGUAUUCAGGCCUCAUCCCACACUUAUGGAAAAAGAUGACAGUGCACAGACAAGAUACAUAAAGACUUCAGGUAAUGCCACUGUUGAUCACUUAUCCAAGUAUCUGGCUGUGAGGUUAGCUUUAGAAGAACUUCGAAGCAAGGGAGAAUCAAACCAGAUGAACCUUGAUACAGCCAGUGAGAAGCAGUAUACCAUUUACAUAGCAACAGCCAGUGGCCAGUUCACUGUGUUAAAUGGCUCUUUUUCUUUGGAAUUGGUCAGUGAGAAAUACUGGAAGGUGAACAAACCCAUGGAACUUUAUUAUGCACCCACAAAGGAGCACAAAUGA